AUGCUGGGGGAGACCGCGCCGGGGCAGGGCGUGGGCGGGGGUCCCCCUCUAGUGGACGGAUGGGCAGGGCGCGGAGUCCCGUGGCCUGAGGACCCGACCCCCGGUGCCCGGCCCUCGGCGGCCGCUCCUACCUCAAUGCCGGGGCGCGCGGCCCAUGGGCGGCGGCGGCGGCGGAUCUGGCUCGCUCGGCCCGGCGGCGCGGAGAGGCGCGGAUUUAUGAAUGGAGCGCGCGCGGCCCACCGCGCCCAGGAGCAGCAGGAGGGGCGCGCACGUGACCGCGUUGGCGGCGCGCCCGACCCGGUGGGCCCCGCUUGGGGCCACUUGCGGCCGCUCGGUCCCAGCGGGCCGCCCCCGCCGCGCUCUGCCGCCGCGUCUAGCCCGCUCCGAACCGGCCACCGCCUCCCCUUCCCUUCCGGCGGGGGCGGGAGGCGGAGCCUACACUCCCAGCGCCCCCUCCCCAAGCAGAGCCGCCUAUCCAUGCCCCAAAUUGGGGGCGCACCUCCUCUACUCGAACGUUACAUCCUCGCCCUGGGCACCCUGGAGCGCACAGCGUCCCAGCCUGGGGGGUCCCCAGAGUGGCGGCCGCCUCCUCUGUCCGCUCCAGCCCCUCGCCCUGUCCUUCGAGAGCCUCACCUAGCGGCCAGCGUGCCUGAGCCUGGGCGGUAUAGCCCACGGCAGCCCCCAGUCCCACCGAGGGAAGGCGAGGUCCCCACCGCUUCCCGCCCACCUGCUCUGCCUGCCCUCCCCACUCCUCAGCGCCCCCUGCGCCAGGCAGCAGCGGUCUCUGCAGGUCGAAAUCCCACCCCAAGCGGCCUGCGCUCCGGCGUGGUGUCCCUCGGGGCAUUGCAAAAAUCCCAGCGUAACCCUGGCUCUGGGGCGCAGUGGCCAGCGCCCUCCUCGUCCGAGGGCAGCCAGCAGGGACCCGAGGCCAGCAGCGCGGCCGGAGCACGGGGGCGGGGCGCUGACGUCAGAGCCGCGAGCGAGGCUGCGCGGGCCGCUGCUGACCCCCGCGCCGCCGCCGCCGGCCCCGGGCAGAUGUCCUUCACCUUCGCCUCGCCCACCCAGGUGUUCUUCCACGAUGCCCUCGUCCGCCAGGUGGAUGUGUCCACGCAGACAGGCUCCUUCGGCAUCCUGCCGUCCCAUGUGCCCACACUGCAGGUCCUGAAGCCCGGGUUGGUAGUGGUCCACGCUGAGGAUGGCACCACCAGCAAGUACUUCGUGAGCAGUGGCUCUGUCACAGUCAACGCUGACUCUUCUGUGCAGUUGCUGGCAGAAGAGGCCGUAACGCUGGACAUGCUGGACGCUGGGGCAGCCAGGGCGAACCUGGAGAAGGCACAGGCGGAGCUGGCCGGGGCAGCUGACGAGGCCCAGCGGGCGGAGAUCCAGAUCCGCAUUGAGGCCGGUGAGGCCCUGGUGAAGGCCCUGGAGUAG